GAUAUUCACUGCUUCUAUCCGCUUGACUUCUAAAGCAUAAUCUAAAGAACUACGAAUACGAGCCGAACGAAGAAAAUGUCUGCCUCUCCAUCAACCCUACCGUCAACCAAGCGACCCCUGGAGGAUCCUUCGUCCCCUUCCGGCCCUAACGACCAACCCGAAGCUAAACGUCCGGCCCUGGACAAGGUUGUCCGCAGUGAUGAUUACAAACAGUCUGAAGCUGACGCCAAGGAUUCUUCUGCUACCAAUGGUGACUCUGUAGUGAAUGGCAAGGAUGCAAGCUCUGCCAACGACACCCAACCCAUCCAAUCUACCGCGUCGCAUGCCGAUCGCGUGACGUCGCAACCACCCCAGCACCAGACACCCCAAGACGAGAGCUCAUGGAUCCAUAUUCGCGCAGUCAUUUCGAGCCAGGAAGCUGCUACUUGUAUUGGAAAAGGUGGGGAAAAUGUCUCCAAGAUUCGCCAGCUUAGCGGAUCGAAGUGCACGGUCAGCGACUACUCGCGUGGUGCUGUUGAGAGAAUCUUAACUGUUAGCGGCCCACAGGAUGCUGUUGCAAAGGCUUUUGGUCUGAUUAUCCGAACCCUUAACAAUGAACCCCUUGAGGCACCAUCUACUGCCCAGUCCAAGACGUACCCUCUCCGUCUCCUCAUCCCCCAUAUCCUCAUUGGUUCAAUCAUAGGAAAAGGGGGCGUUCGUAUUCGCGAAAUCCAGGAAGCAUCUGGUGCGCGCUUGAAUGCCUCUGACGCCUGUCUUCCUCUAUCCACUGAGCGUUCUCUGGUUGUCUUGGGUGUCGCUGAUGCUGUGCACAUUGCAACGUAUUACGUUGCUGUGACUCUUGUAGAGCAGUUGACCGAGCGUUUCGGCGGGCCUGCUGCAUCUGCUUAUGCGACUCGUAGCGGUGGCCCCGCUGGUGUCGUGCCCGGUGGCAUGCAAGUUGUACCAUAUGUCCCUCAGCCUGCUGGUGGACAGUACGGUCAUCCCGACUCGGUCAGGCGCCACUACCCACAGAACAACCGUCCCGGCCCUGGUCCCUACGGUGCCCCAUAUGCCCAUGGCGGCCCUGCUGCACAAGCCCCAGUCGCACAGCCUCCUCUGCACUAUGGUGGUGGUGCAGCUCGAGCUCCAUAUGCUGGUGCUGGACCCCAUCAGCCCGCCCCGUACGGCGCUCCCCAUGCCCAACCUCACGGCGCUGGAGCUCAGCCUCUUGCGGGCGUUGUUUCCAGCCAACCUAUUACCCAACAAAUCUACAUUCCCAACGACAUGGUUGGCGCCAUCAUUGGCAAGGGUGGUACCAAGAUCAAUGAGAUCCGCCACCUUAGUGGUAGUGUGAUCAAGAUCAACGAACCUCAAGAGAACAGCAAUGAGCGUCUUGUCACUAUCACGGGCACACAGGAGUGUAACCAGAUGGCGUUGUAUAUGCUGUACGCGCGAUUGGAAAGUGAAAAGCAUCGUAUCUAA